AUGCUUAUUUCUCAUUCUUAUCUCUUUCUAUUAUACCAUAUUGCAUGUAAUAUAUUUCGAACCCUACCACCAAAUGAUAACCCUGACUUUGAUCCAGAAGAAGAUGACCCAACACUAGAGGCAUCAUGGCCCCAUUUACAGAUUGUCUAUGAAUUUUUCUUAAGGUUUUUAGAAUCUCCUGACUUCCAACCAACUUCAGCUAAAAGAUACAUUGAUCAAAAAUUUGUACUUCAGUUAUUGGAGUUAUUUGACAGUGAGGAUCCUCGGGAGCGAGAUUUUCUAAAGACACUAUUUCCUUUUUUUCUUUUCUUUUUUUCUUUCUUUUCCUUCCUUCCCUUUUUUCUUCCUUUUUUCUUUUCCUUCCUCUUUUCCUUCCUUUUUUCUUCUUUUCCUUCCUUUUUUCUUCUUUUCCUUCCUUUUUUCUUCUUUUCCUUCCUUUUUUUUUCUCUUUUUUCUUUCCUUUUUCUUUCUUUUUUCUUUCUCUUUUCUGUCUUUUCUUUCUUUUUUUCUUUCUUUUUUUCUUUCUUUUCUUUCUCUUUUCCUUCUUUCUCUUUUCCUUCUUUCUCUUUUCCUUCUUUCUCUUUCCUUUUUCUUUUUCUUUUCUUUUCUUUUUCUUUUCCUUUCUCUUUCUUUCUUUUCUUUCUUUCCUUUUCUUUUCUUUCCUUUCUCUUUUCUUUCCUUUCUCUUUUCUUUCCUUUCUCUUUCUUUCCUUUCUCUUUCUUUCCUUUCUCUUUCCUUUCCUUUUCUCUUUUCUUUCCUUUCUCUUUUUUCCUUUCUCUUUCCUUUCCUUUCUUUCCUUUUCUUUCCUUUCUCUUUUCUUUCCUUUCUCUUUUCUUUCCUUUCUCUUUUCUUUCCUUUCUCUUUUCUUUCCUUUCUCUUUUCUUUCCUUUCUCUUUUCUUUCCUUUCUCUUUUCUUUCCUUUCUCUUUUCUUUCCUUUCUCUUUCCUUUCCUUUCUCUUUCCUUUUCUCUUUUUCUUUUUCUCUUUUCUUUCCUUUCUCUUUUCCUUUCUCUUUCUCUUUUUCCCUUUCUCUUUCUCUUUUUUCUCUUUCUCUUUUCUUUCUCUUUUCUUUCUCUUUUUUCUCUUUUCUUUUCUUUCUCUUUUCUUUCCUUUCUCUUUCCUUUCUCUUUUUCUCUUUUCUUUUCUUUCUCUUUUCUUUCUUUUUCUCCUCUCUUUUUCUUUCUUUUUCUCCUCUCUUUUUCUUUCUUUUCUCUUUUUCCCAAUUCUGAAUAAGUUCAUCUAUGAAACAGAACAAUUCAAUGGAGUUGGUGAAUUGUUAGAGAUUUUAGGCAGCAUCAUCAAUGGUUUUGCUCUCCCACUGAAACAAGAACACAAACAAUUUUUAAUCAAGGUUCUCAUCCCAUUGCAUAAAGCACGCAGUUUGAGUUUGUAUCAUGCUCAACUUGCAUAUUGUGUGGUACAGUUUUUAGAAAAGGAUGCAUCAUUAACUGAGGAAGCUGUGAAAGGACUUUUAAAAUUCUGGCCUAAGCAAUGUAGUCAAAAAGAGGUGAUGUUCCUGGGUGAGAUUGAAGAAAUUCUUGAUGUGAUAGAGCCUGCCCACUUCCAAAAGAUUAUGGAUCCACUGUUUAGACAAAUAGCCCGUUGUGUCUCAAGUCCCCACUUCCAGGUUGCUGAAAGGGCUCUUUAUUAUUGGAACAAUGAGUAUAUCAUGAGUCUGAUUGAAGAGAACUCUAAUGUGAUAAUGCCCAUCAUGUUCUCAGCCCUUUAUAAGAUUUCAAAGGAUCACUGGAAUAAAACUAUAGUUGCUCUGGUAUACAAUGUGCUCAAAACAUUCAUGGAGAUGAAUGGCAAACUUUUUGAUGAACUUUCAGCAAAUUACAAAGCAGAAAGGCAAAGAGAGAAGAAAAGAGAAAAGGACCGAGAAGAAUUGUGGAGGAAGUUGGAAAAAUUGGAGGUUAACAACAAGACAAAAUUUAUCAACAAAACACCAUCUUAA